CUCGAAACCAAUGGCUCUCACUCUCCCCCGCCACCUCCUCCCAUGGCGAAUUCCCAAUCCCCUUCUCCUCCUCUCCCAUUUCUUAAACCCUAGAACCCCUCUCCUCCCCUCCUCCUACUCCUCCCCCAAUACCCUGAUACGCCAAUCCAGAACCCUAAUCUCUCGCCUCUCCCCCUCAGAUAAAACCCUAGUUCUCACCGAAGAUGAGAGAAGCGCCUCAUCCAAAUCGGAGGAGGAUAAGGCCUCGCCGGAGUCGGCAACGAUCGCGGCGAUCGUCACUGCCUUGGGCGGCGGUGCGGCGCCGGUGGGGAUAGUUCGGCUCUCGGGUCCCACGGCGGUGGCGGUUGCGCGCCGCGUGUUUCGGCCUGCGAGGAGUUCGGCGAGGGGGCCUCGCGGAGUAUCGUGGAAGCCCAAAAGCCAUUUUGUAGAGUAUGGCUUCGCGUUGGAUCAAAAGGGCAAUGUUAUUGAUGAGGUUUUGGCCAUCCCUAUGUUGGCACCAAGAUCCUAUACCAGAGAAGAUGUUGUUGAGCUUCAGUGCCAUGGGAACGAUGUUUGCUUGCAGCGGGUGUUAAGAGCUUGCUUAGAAGCAGGGGCAAAGCUUGCAGAACCUGGCGAGUUCACUCUUCGUGCUUUUCUGAAUGGACGAUUGGACCUUUCUCAAGCAGAGAAUGUUGCAAAACUUAUUUCAGCCAAGUCGUUGGCUGCGGCAGACUCUGCAUUAGCUGGUAUACAGGGAGGCUUUUCUGCCAUAGUAAAAUCUUUGAGAGCUCAGUGCAUUGAGUUGCUUACAGAAAUAGAGGCUCGUUUAGACUUUGACGAUGAAAUGCCACCUUUAGACACCACAAUAUUGAUCAACAAAAUAAGUGAUAUGCGGCAUGAUGUGCAACAAGCAAUGGAUACUGCAAACUAUGAUAAACUCUUACAGUCAGGCUUACAGAUAGCGAUCAUUGGCAGGCCAAAUGUUGGAAAGUCAAGCCUCCUCAAUGCUUGGAGCAAAAGUGAGAGAGCAAUAGUAACUGAAGUCGCUGGAACUACGAGGGAUGUGAUAGAAGCAAAUGUCUCCAUUCAAGGCAUUCCUGUCACCCUUCUUGACACUGCUGGUAUCAGAGAGACCGAUGAUAUUGUAGAAAAAAUUGGUGUACAGCGAUCAGAAGCUGCUGCAUUGGCUGCUGACGUGAUUAUUAUGACAGUAAGUGCAGUUGAUGGAUGGACGGAAGAUGAUGCAAAACUUAUUGAGCACAUUCAGAUGAGUCAGAAACCUGCAGCUAUUGCAAUGCCCAUCAUUCUUGUUAUCAAUAAAGUGGAUUGCGCACCAUUUGUUUCGGUGGAAGAGUUUGGGAACAUUAGUAGCUCUUUCAACAAGCAUGUCUUGACAUGUGCUGUCACUGGUAAAGGCAUCCCUGAACUGGAGAAAGCAGUACUGGAGGUCCGAGGUCUUGAACCUACUGCUGUAGGGGGUCGCAGGUGGACUAUAAACCAGAGACAAUUUGAGCAGCUCCUACGCACCAAAGAAGCUUUUUCUAGAUUGAAUUUAUCAAUUACUGAGGAGUUGCCAAUGGACUUCUGGACUAUAGACUUACGGGAAGCAGCUUUGGCUCUUGGAGAGAUCACUGGGGAGGACAUAUCUGAAGAAGUCUUAACAAACAUUUUUGGCAAGUUCUGUAUUGGCAAAUGAAUGCGCUACUCUGGUCAGUUGCAGGUCCUUCGGAGGGUUCGUUACUUCAUGAUUCUGACAAAUCUCUUGAUGAGCUUGGAGCGAUAGAUGACCAUGCAUAACUCAGAUAACAAGUAGCUAUGAGGAUAAUACCAUCCGAAGACGCAGACAUUCUGUGAGAGAAAAAAAAGGUUGUCGGAGAAACAUUACUUCCAAGUGAGAUUGCGCACCAAAGUUAACCCAGCGUAUCAGAUGACUUGCAAACAUCUUAGAAGCAUUUCUUUAUGUUCUCUGAUAUCAUUGUAAUAUAGGCCUCAGUUUUCAAGUCAUAUAUAGUUAAGACUUUUGCUCCGUGCAUAAUGAAUGUUUUGUAUUUCAUCGGGUGAGAAUGGUUUGACCUUUUCCGUUGCUCUUCGGCCUGCCAAUUUCAAGUGUUAGUGAAAUAUUACCGAAUCUGCAGGAUGAAGGUCGAAGCGAUCUUUUGGUAUCUUAAAAAUUGCUUGCAAGCACGAAUACAGGAAUGGAUAAUGGAUAUUUGUAGUGAUAGUAGAAUGAAUGUAUGUGAAUUUUUCCAUCGCAUCUUCAAUGUGAAGUGUUGUAAAGCUACACUUCUCGUGUCUAAUAUUACGUAAUCUAUUGCUUAUCUA